AUGAACAACAGAUGUGCAUACAAACCGGUUAAUGUCUCAAACGGGGCCCAGUUCAAUCAAACAGCUGUGAAUUUGUUUGAAAGGUUACACGGUGAAGCUGAUAAGGGUGAUGAAUAUCGCAAAUAUGCCUCAGGGAAUACAACCACUGGAUUGAGCUCAGUUGGCGAUAUAUAUGGAAGCAAAGAAGGGGGAACAUUUUACAAUAAACGAUGUAUGGUAAAGAGUAAAAAGUCUCCUAUGGUGUUUGUUGCCCCAAUACUAGCAGCUUCAGGAUUAGCUACUUUAGACACAGAAGAUGCGUGUUGCUUUCAGUUAAGUGCAAUACAAGAUGCUACUGAUAAUUUCUCAGAAUCAAAAAAGCUCGGUGAAAGAGGUUUUGGACCUGUUUACUCUGGAGAGCUGCUAGACGGAAAAAAGAUUGCAGUAAAACGGCUCUCGCUUAAUUCUGGCCAAGGUCUUCAAGAAUUCAAAACAGAAGUAAAGCUAAUAAUAAAACUGCAACAUAAGAAUCUGGUGAAGCUUUUACCAAAAAUAGGGGGUGUUUGGUUCAUGGAAUUCUUUGGAAUUCCUAACAAUUGGAAUCUAAAUUCCAUUCCUUUCCAUUGUUUGGUUGAAGAAUGA